AUGUCUUCCAACUAUAGGUUGACGCCGAAAGCUCAAUCAAACUAUGCAAGACCUAUGGGAUAUCGCUAUGUUGAUAAAACUGAGUACGCAAUUAAUAGACGAAUUUUAUCAAAGGUGUUUGAAAGUGAUUUGGUGUUGACAAAACCGCAAAUGGAGGAUGUUAUUGAUGCCUUUCAAUCGAGAAUAUCUGCUGAAUGGCGAGCAAUUAUACGAAAAGGAAUGCGGAAAUGGGAAAAAGAAACUUGUAUACGUUUCAAAAGGCAUAACGGCGAAAAAGAUUACGCUAUAUUCUUCCGAGGCGGAGGAUGUUAUUCGAAUGUUGGUCGGACUGGUGGAAAGCAAUAUAUUUCGAUUGGUUAUGGGUGCGAAGGGGGAGGUAUUGUGGCACAUGAAAUCGGACAUGCUUUGGGAUUUUGGCAUGAGCAAAGCCGACCGGAUCGAAAUCAAUUUAUUAAUGUGAACGAAGACAAGAUAUUGAAAGGAGCGAAAGGCAAUUUCGAACUACGAAACGACCUAGAAACGACAGAUGUUCCUUAUGAUCUUGGAUCGGUGAUGCAUUACGGACCGCAAGCAUUCACAAAUGAUUGGGACUAUGUGACAAUAGAGACGAAGGACCAUCGAUUCCAACAUACAAUUGGGCAGAGAGGAGAGUUAUCGUUCACCGAUGUCAAACACGCAAACAGACUUUAUUGCAAUCAUAUUUGCAAAAUUCCAUUGGGAUGCGAAAAUGGAGGAUAUGAAAAUCCACUAAACUGCAAUGUCUGCAAAUGCCCACCCGGAUUAGGUGGCGUGAGAUGCGAGCGGAUUGCCGAGAAUACGCCGGGUUGUGGAGGAGAAUAUAUCGCAUCAACCGCUUGGACGACAGUAUCCAACACUCAAGUCGGACAUUGCCAUUAUAGAAUAGUGGCGCCGUCUGGAAAAGUACAUCUUGAAAUCAUUGACACAAAGUACAAGUGUGAAUCCUCAUGUCCGGAAAACUAUUUGGAAAUAAAACAUACCAGAAAUUUGGAAAGAACGGGAUUCAGGCAAUGCUGCAAUCCAGCGCCUGGGAGAAUUGUAUCAGAAGGAAAUCAAAUACUUUUGAACAGCAUCUCGGUUGUUGCACCGGCCAAUUUUACUAUGCGAUUUAUCAUAGACUCUGCAUCAAAUGUUCCUCCACCACCUGCACCAUGGGAAGGAAAUGGCGGAUUAACUGGAUUGUUAGGGGCUAAUGAAGUUGGAAUCGACAACACAUUCGAACAAGUUGUUUUGAAAGAUCUUCCGAGAGCUUUACAGUUAGCACAAAUGGUAACUCUUCCGAUCAAUGACACCUUCCUCUCAAAUCCGUGUCGUCUUCCGUUGUUCCCACUACAUCGAUAUAAGUUUCAAGCAAUUUAA